AUUUCCUGAUAAGCAGCCUUCGCAACAAGUUUUGUCAAUAAUUAGAUUUUCAAUUUAUUUUUUUAUAGUUGUAAAAGCGUAACUAAAUUCUUUUCAAAUUCAUAUUCUUUCAAAAGUUAUUAGAAAAUGUGUGAUAAAUUUUGUGACCAAUUCGAAACUCUUAAUCCUGAAAAAGAGUAUCAGAAAUUUCUUAAAAGAAAACCAAUCGUUAAUACAGCAAAACUUUAUGAAAACUUGCACGUUUCUGAACGAAUGAAGUGUCCUUAUCUAUUCAAAGGAUAUGGAAUUGAAUUGGAUGAAAAUCCUAUGUACCGAACAGUGAACUCGGAAUAUGGUUACUAUUCACCAAAUCCCUAUACAAUUCCAACACGGAACUAUCCACUUUCUCAGAAGUUUUCCAAUAAUAUUUCUCGAUAUGGAAUGUAUAGGAAUUUUUCACUGAACACUCAAAUGGAUAAGAACAUUUAUUGAAGGAAUAUCGAUAUUUACUCGUAAUGCCCUGAGUAAUUCAUCUGAACUUAUUAUUUGUUUUUUAUUACUGCACCUUAAUGUAUACAUACAAAUAAAUUUAGUAUUGCAAUAAAAUGUGGGUAAAAGGAA